CCGGCUUCGUCUUGAGCAGGUAGUUGUCGAUGCCCCCAUGCUGUAGUGGCCGUCCCCUGGCGUCAGCAAAUCACGCGAACCCGGACGCCGCGUGCGGGACUCGCCUUGUGGAUCGUCUUGAGCGCGCGCGCGGUGAGCUUCACGCGGAGGUGAUGCUGGAGAGUGUCGGAGAAUAGGCGUCGGUUGUGGAUGUUGGGCAGCCAUGUCCUGCGUGUCUUGUGCUUCGAGUUCGAGAUAUUGAGGGGAACAUGACAGUGACCGGGACAAGCAGGAGAUGGAGAGGGACGUGAGGACCAGACCAGUCCUCGUCGGCGUCGAGGUGGGUACUGGUGCCAACUCGCGCGGGCGCUCCUACAUACCAGAGUAUCUGCUAUUUUCGACGACAAGCCGACGUUAUGCCCAGAAAUAGGCCCAAGGGAGUUAUCCGAUUAGAUAAGAUGAUCACCGUGGUCCGUGGAGCCUGCUGACCGGGCGAGCUCACGGCAGUCGCAGCUCGCUUGGUUGCAUCUGUUGAUUCGGCCGAGGUUCUCGCUGCAAGGCACUCCCAAACAUCCACAAAAAGCCUCAAACCGCCGCCGACGGUGCUGGCACUCCCCCCGCAAGCUAUCUGACUGCCCCGCUGCACCCGCCAGCUCUCUCUGCGACCCAGACCUACCGACGAGACGACACACCGGCAUAGUUUGCAUCCAUACCCGGUCCUCGUGACAAUAUGCUCUCCCGUCGUGUCGCACGCUCGUUGCACGGCAGGCACUUCGCUGCUGCCCCCACUGCUUCUGCACUCUACCGCGGCUUCGCGAGCAGCUCUCUUAGGAUGCGUGAGUCCCUUUCCCGAUUUCUGACUCGUUGGGGCGCCCGGAAGCUAACGUUAACUCGCUCUACAAACUCUGGUUGGCUGCCGCUCCCGUCGCACCGUGCUCUGCCGUGCAACCGGACGGGGACGCUUGGCGUGUGUGGGGGUGGCUGCGCUCUGGAUGUGGGGUAACUGAUUGGACGGGUCUGCAGAGAACAAGAUCGUCGUCCAGAACCCGAUCGUUGAGCUUGAUGGAGAUGAGAUGACGAGGAUUAUCUGGAAGAAGAUCCGGGAGGAGUUGAUACUUCCAUAUCUACAACUGGACAUCGAGUACUACGACCUCGGGCUCGAGCACCGUGAUGCGACGGACGACAAGGUGACCGUCGAGGCGGCCGAGGCGAUCCUGAAGCACAAGGUCGGCAUCAAGUGCGCGACGAUCACGCCCGACGAGGCGCGCGUCGCCGAGUUCAAGCUCAAGCAGAUGUGGAAGAGCCCGAACGGGACGAUCCGCAACAUCCUCGGCGGCACCGUCUUCCGCGAGCCGAUCGUGCUCGCGCGCAUCCCGCGCCCUGUGCCCGGGUGGAAGAACCCAAUCGUGAUUGGGCGGCACGCGUUCGGGGACCAGUAUCGCGCGUCGGACUUCCUUGCGCCGGGGCCAGGCAAGCUGGAGCUGGUGUACACGCCGGCGGAUGGGGGCAAGCCGACGAGUAUCAAUGUGUAUGACUUCAAGGGCGCCGGCGUCGCGCUUGCGAUGUACAACACUGACGAGUCGAUCCGUGGCUUUGCCCACUCGUCGUUCAAGAUGGCGCUCCAGAAGAAGCUGCCUCUGUUCAUGUCGACCAAGAACACGAUCUUGAAGAAGUACGACGGACGGUUCAAGGAUAUCUUCCAGGAGAUUUACGAAAGCGAGUACAAGGCCGCCUUCGACUCUGCAGGGAUCUACUACGAGCACCGGCUGAUCGACGACAUGGUCGCGCAAGCGAUCAAGUCUUCGGGCGGGUUCGUGUGGGCGUGCAAGAACUACGACGGGGACGUGCAGUCGGACAUCCUCGCGCAGGGCUUCGGCUCGCUGGGGAUGAUGACCUCAGAGCUGAUCACGCCCGCCGGGGACGUGAUCGAGAGCGAGGCGGCGCACGGGACGGUGACGCGGCACUACCGGGAGUGGCAGAAGGGGCGGGAAACGUCGACGAACCCGGUGGCGUCGAUCUUCGCGUGGACGCGGGGGCUGCUGCACCGGGCGAAGCUGGACGGGAACGCGGCGCUGAAGACGUUCUGCGAGGAGCUGGAGGCGGCGUGCGUGGAGGUGAUCGACCAGGACGGGGUGAUGACGAAGGACCUUGCGCUGGCGAUCCACGGGAAGGAGAUGAAGCGGGAGCACUGGGUCGUGACGGACGUGUACAUGGACAAGGUUAACGAGAAGCUCAAGCAGAAGCUGGCGGCGCGUGCGAAGCUGUGAAGCUUUCGUGGUGUAGGAAGUCUUGCUUGGAUAGUGAUCGCGGCUGCGCACCGCGUGUUGUGUGUGUAAUGUAUGUACGCUGUCAGCUACGGGACUUGCAAGCGAAACAGAACCUAGACAGAAACCACGAGCACAGGCCAAUGCUAACCUGGAGAAUAUCGUAGGCGAUACAAUCGGUCAAUGGAGAUCAAUCAGGUCGAAACACACGUUCC